CAAUGUUUCUGCUUUAGGGAUUGGUACCGAUGUGACAGUAGUGCCAUCUGGUGGACAGAUCAUGGUGGACUCACCUGCAGAUUCUCAUCAUCACUCUGCAGGAAGCAUUGACCAAUCAGCAUCACACGGCGCCUCUUUGAGCCCUGGAUCUGAUCAACCAAUGGCCAGGCCUUUCUCAGGUUCCUCCCAUUCUAUAAUUUCCUCAACAUCUUUAUUAGGCAGUGCCAUCGGGGGUCACCAAGAGCAGACAGACAGAACACAAUUUUCUGACCACAAUGGAAAUGGUAGACAAACCAUGCUGACAGACACGAACAGAGCUGUAACAGAAAGAAUGAGUUCCCUCGGCGAUGCUCACACCCAGAACUUGCUAAUGCAAACUGAUCUAACAGGUGGAACAGAGACAGUAACCGCUCUUCAUCUUGACCUCACAAAUUCAGGUCCUGGCCGUGAUAUUACAGAGCUGUCUCCCAUCACUAUGAAUAUAGAGUCUGCAGCGGCCGUCACCAACACGCUGAGCCCAGUUUCAGCUGUUGGCUCUAACACAGAUCCGGUUACUGUAAUGGCAGACUCCACAGGUACAGACACAGUUACAGCACAUCCAUCAGGGACUCCGUUUGACUCCAGACAUCUAGCAGGGACGGAUCAAACACAAAUGGCUGGUUGGGCUUGUCCUCUCCAGGUUCAGUCACUGAACAGUACAACCCAUCUGGUCAGGGUCCUGAAGGUGCUGAAAAUGUGGAACUGGAGGAUACCUGCUGACUUCCACAUCAAGCCCAGCGUGCGGCUAAUUCGUUUUCAAAUUCCGUGUACCGACAAAUCAGCAUGGCCCAGGAAUUCUGAUUCCACCCACUAGCUGUAGACCCCCACCUCCUUCCAAAUGACAACUAUUCCCUUUUGUUGUUUAAAUAUUUAAAAAA